UCCAGCUUCUUUUCCUUCCUUAAUUUCUUCUUCUUCUUAUUCUGCAUUUCUUUGAAGGUUCCAAUACAUUCUUUCAAUCUUCCUGUAUAUCAACCCCAAUAAGGUAAACUUCUAUUUGGGUUUUCUCUUUCUGGAAUACUACAGCUCUCUACUUUUUGGGAUCUUCUAAUUGUUAUUAUAAAAUAUAUAAUUCUAUUGAGCUUCUUCUCUUGUUGCAUAUAAUAUAUAUUCUCUCACUAGGAAUCAAAAACCCUUUUGAUCUCUUGGUGUAUCCUGUUCACCUUCUGUAAAAGAUUCAUUUUUUUAAGUCCCAAUUGUAAACCCUUCAUACUAUUAACCCUUAGAUUUCAAGUUCAAAGCAGAUAUAUGUAUUAUAGAAAUUUCCUUGAAAACCCAUUAGAUAUCAAGUUCAUGCCUUUUUGAUAUUUGAUAACAAGUUUUUGUUCAUUUUCUGCCACUAAGAAGCUAAGAAUCUGAAUUGUGCAAUGGAUAAUAAUGGUUCUUCACAAUACCCAUACCCAUACCCAUACCAGAAUUCUUACCCUUACCCUCAUCAGCCUCCUGCUCAAUACCCUCCACCUCCAGAUCAAUAUCAACCUGCUCCAUAUCCAUACCCACUAUACAAUCCUUCAUAUCCUUACCCUUAUGCAUAUUCUCCAUCACCUUCUUCAUCCUCCCCCCAUUCAGGGCCUUUGGACUAUAACCAGCCUCCCUAUCCAUAUCCAUACCCCCCGGCUCGUCCAAUUUCCCAUAGUGGUCCUCUGCCAUCCAUUCAGCAGCAUAGCAGUUUCAAGUAUGGUGCUUCCCAUUACCACUACCAACAGUCUGAGGCUUACCCGCCACCUGAAAGCCCGCAUCAAGACCCUCUGCGUCCCAGUAGGUUCUCGAAUCAUCAACGGCACGAUAGCUGUCCAGUAGGAAUUGGGGGGCCUUCAUUUCAUGAUAAUGGUGCAGAACUCGUGCCUCCUCACUCUUCUGCUUACCCGCCCUUGGAUCAGCUUUUGAGUAAUGUGCAUUUGUCUGACAAUCAAUCUUUGGAUCCCUCUGCACCCCCAUCACCUUUAGUGCAAGAAUUGGCAACUUCAACUCCCAGUAGUGCAAGGUAUGAUACUCAGGGGGAGUUGUAUGCGUAUCCUAAUAGCUCAUUUUCCAGUAGUUGGGAGAUGUCUUAUUCAGGUCAGAUUGAAUCACCGAGUCAUUCUGCUUAUACCCAUUCAAGUUCGUUUAAUGGGUCACAACAUAGCCAGAGUUUGCAGAUUAUUCCAUUGCAGCAUAAAGGUUCCUUGAAGGUCUUGCUUUUACAUGGGAAUUUAGACAUUUGGGUAUAUGAAGCGAGAAACCUUCCGAAUAUGGACAUGUUCCACAAGACUUUGGGAGAUAUGUUUUUGAGGUUACCAGGGAGUGGAAGCAGCAAAACCAAUGGGCAGUCAAGCCGUAAGAUUACUAGUGAUCCAUACGUGUCAAUUUCAGUUUCAAAUGCUGUAAUUGGGAGGACAUAUGUGAUUAGCAAUUCUGAAUUUCCUGUUUGGACACAACAUUUCAAUGCUCCAGUAGCACAUCAUGCUCCUGAAGUGCACUUUGUUGUUAAAGAUAGUGAUCUUGUGGGGUCUCAGCUUAUUGGAGUUGUGGCAAUUCCAGUCGAACAGAUUUACAUGGGAGCAAGAGUUGAGGGAGUUUAUCCGAUCUUGAAUACUAGUGGGAAGCAAUGUAAAGAUGGAGCUGUCCUAAGACUUUCAAUUCAGUACACUCCAAUUGAGAAAUUGAGCGUUUACCAUAAUGGAGUGGGGGCAGGCCCUAAUUAUUUUGGGGUUCCUGGCACAUAUUUUCCUCUUAGGACAGGUGGAAAAGUAACUCUUUAUCAAGAUGCCCAUGUCCCAGAUGGGUGCCUUCCGAACUUGAUAUUAGAUGGGGGGAUGCCAUAUGUGCAUGGGAGGUGUUGGCAUGACAUUUUCGAUGCAAUACGUCAGGCCCGGCGUUUAAUUUACAUUGCUGGGUGGUCAGUUUGGCACAAUGUUAGAUUAGUUCGGGAUGCUAGUGGUGCAUCAAAUUGCACCAUAGGGGAUCUUCUGAGGUCCAAGUCCCAGGAGGGAGUGAGAGUGCUGUUACUUGUUUGGGAUGACCCUACUUCAAGAAGCAUUUUGGGUUAUAAAACAGAUGGAAUCAUGCAAACCCAUGAUGAAGAAAUUCGGCGAUUUUUCAAGCACUCUUCAGUGCAAGUGUUACUUUGUCCCCGCACUGCAGGCAAACGACAUAGCUGGGUCAAGCAAAGGGAAGUUGGGACGAUCUAUACACACCAUCAGAAAACUGUAAUAGUGGACACUGAUGCUGGUAAUAGUAGGAGGAAAAUCGUAGCGUUUGUUGGAGGACUUGACUUAUGUGAUGGUCGGUAUGAUACUCCACAUCACCCUCUAUUUAGGACGUUACAAACAGUGCAUAAAGAUGACUAUCACAACCCAACAUACACGGGUAGCACUGUUGGUUGUCCAAGAGAGCCAUGGCAUGACUUGCACUCUAGACUUGAUGGGCCAGCAGCAUAUGAUGUUUUGACAAACUUUGAAGAGCGCUGGCUAAAGGCUUCAAAACCACAUGGGAUGAAAAAAUUGAAAAAAGGUGGAUAUGGUGAUGCUCUGCUCAAGCUAGAAAGGGUUCCAGAAAUCAUUGGAGCGUCCCAUGCUGCUUCCACUAGUGACAACGAUCCUGAAACUUGGCAUGUUCAGAUUUUUCGUUCAAUUGACUCAAAUUCUGUUAAAGGUUUCCCAAAGGAUCCAAAAGAAGCAACAAGCAAGAACUUGGUGUGCGGAAAAAAUGUGCUGAUUGACAUGAGCAUACAUUCAGCCUACGUGAAGGCCAUCCGUGCUGCCCAGCAUUUCAUUUAUAUAGAGAAUCAGUACUUCAUUGGGUCCUCAUACAAUUGGAGUUCGAAUAAAGACUUAGGUGCUAAUAAUUUGAUUCCUAUGGAAAUUGCCCUUAAGAUUGCUAGUAAGAUCCGAGCAAAUGAGAGAUUUGCUGCAUAUAUCGUCAUUCCAAUGUGGCCAGAGGGUGUUCCAACGGGUGCAGCAACACAAAGAAUUCUUUUUUGGCAGCACAAGACAAUGCAAAUGAUGUAUGAGACGAUUUACAAGGCUUUAGUGGAAGUUGGGCUGGAAGGUGCAUUCUCCCCCCAGGACUAUUUAAACUUCUUCUGUCUUGGCAAUCGUGAGGCUAUAGAUGGAAAUGACACAUCAGUCUCUGGAAGUCCUACUGCAGCAAACACUCCUCAGGCACUUAGUCAAAAGAGCAGGCGAUUUAUGAUUUAUGUUCAUUCAAAAGGCAUGAUUGUUGAUGACGAAUAUGUAAUAGUGGGGUCUGCAAACAUCAACCAGCGCUCUAUGGAAGGAACAAGAGACACUGAAAUUGCAAUGGGGUCAUAUCAACCUCAUCAUACCUGGGCAAGAAAACAUUCUAGCCCUCAUGGACAGAUAUAUGGAUACAGAAUGUCGCUAUGGGCAGAACACACCGGAACCAUUGAGGACUGCUUCACACAACCGGAGAGUCUUGAAUGUGUAAGGAGAAUUAAAUCAAUGGGUGAGAUGAAUUGGAAACAAUUUGCUGCUGAAGAGGUAACGGAGAUUAUGGGUCAUCUAUUGAAGUAUCCAGUUGAUGUUGAUCGAAAAGGUAAAGUGACCUCCCUUCCUGGAAGUGAGAAUUUCCCUGACGUGGGAGGAAAUAUAACUGGUUCGUUCCUUGCAAUUCAAGAAAACCUAACCAUUUGAUCUGCAAAUCAAAUCCAGUUUGUGGGUUUUGGGAGAACAAUUCAUUUACAGACGGCACAAUUUUGGUGUUUUUUUUUUUACUUUUUCAACCCACUGUACAAGUUUGGCCCUUACAGAUAGUAUAUUGUUAGACACCUGCCUUGUAGAUUAUUAUAGUUCGGGUUGUGCAUCUUUUGAUGUUUGUUUUUGGUUGAAGUACUUUUCUUGUAUAAAACAUGAAAGGAAAUAAUGAAAAUCUUAUUACAA